AUGGCCUCCUCCCGCCACCACCACACUCGCCCUCCACACCAAUCCCGCAUCCCUUCCACAUCUGCAUCCAGCACAACCGCCGCCGCCGCCGCCGCCGCAGCAACAACAACAUCACGCCGCUCCGCCUCGACCUCUUCCGCCCCUCCACACACUCACGCCGCUAGCAGCAACAGCACCACCAACACCGCGCCUACAGCCAUGCCCUCCAUCCGCCGCAACCUCUUCCACCACCAUCACCACCUAAGCCGUCGCCCCGCCUCCUCUACCUCCACCGCGACGCAUAGCUCCGCAUCGACGGUGCAUCCCUCUAGCAUCAGUGCCAACGCCAGUACCGCUACCGCUACUACUGCCAGUGCCAGUGCCAGUGUAAACACCAACACCUCGCGCCCCGUUGCAGCCAGCGCCGGAGCUGCUGCGAACACCCUCAACCCUGUCCCUGCGAUCUCUCUCAGUGUCCCGCACGCCCACGCACAACAACAAAUAGCCCGCUCCUCCUCGUCCUCAUCUUUGGAUAAUGGAGAGAUCGUCGCACGUGAUAAAAAUGGGGGCUACAAGGUUGACGUGCCGGUGUUGCCGGUGGGAAUGUGGGAUGAUGAUUGCGAAGAGGGUGGUGGGGGCGGGAUGGAUGUUGAGAUUGGGGAGGGCCAAGGGGGUGGUGGUGGCAUUGGUGCGGGAGGAGUGGGCGGCGUGGGAGGGACGGGGGGUAUUGGAGGCAGGGAGAAGGAAAAAAUCGAAGCGGGGAUUGUGGAGAUGAUGUGUCGAAAUCGCAGUAGGCAGCUGCACAGUGAUUCGCCUGAAAUAUUCCUCCUGGUCCAACAGAGCCUACGAAACAAAGUCUCCUCGCUGGACGAGGACGCUUGGAUGUACGAAGUUGAGGAUGAAAUUCAUGUCUAG